AUGACUUCGCAAACCGACCGCCUACUUAUUCUUGUCGGUUCUGGUCCAGGAAUUGGGAGACAUAUCGCUUGCGAGUUUGCCUCAAAGAGGUUUAACAAAGUUGCCCUCCUCGCCCGGAAUGCCGGGAGGCUGGCAGAAGACCAGGCGGCAGUCCAGGCCGCUACGGACGGAAAAGCAGAAGUGAGGACAUACCUUGUUGACAUAACGAACGACGAUGAAUUUAUCGCAACACUGGACAAGAUCGAGAGGGAGAUGGGGUUACCAGAGGUUUUCUAUUACAACGCGGCUAGGGUCGCGCUCAGCAAACUUCUUGAAUCUGACGCCAAGGAGAUGGAACAUGAUUUCCAGAUCAAUUGCAAAUCGCUACACACUGCUGCCAAAUGGGCGAUCCCGCGUCUAGUGUCUUUGGCCGACGCAGAUGCAGAUGCACGACCCUCACUGCUGGUGACAAGCUCCUUGUUACCAUUGGACCCCAUUCCAGACAUGUUCGCCCUCUCUAUGGCCAAGGCAGCACAAAGAAACAUGACGCAGUCGCUCGCCAAGGUGUAUGGCCCCAAGGGCGUCCACGUUGGCAUGGUUCUCGUGGGCGGCCCCGUGGAUCCGGCUCAUGAAACGCUGAGCCCAUCCAACAUUGCGUCUCGCACGUGGGGAUUGUUUGAAGAGCCAAAGGAAAAUCAGACCUUUGAGAUUCAGGUUGUAUAA